GGGGCUCGAACAGCAACAGCAUCACCUUCGCCGCACUCUUCUUCGGAUCCCUGAUCAUUUCCACGUGGUCCCUGCGCCACCAGUUCUUGCAGUUCAAGCUGGACCGUGACAUAAAGAUCCUGGUGAACGGGGCGAACGGAGUGACGCUGAUCUCCGUGAUUUUCGGCUGGAUCACGAUCGUCCUGUACACUGUGAAGCUGCAGCGCCUCGACUCCGUGAGAGAAGCCCUCAAGAAUUACAGUAGUGAUAGUUCUGAUGCUGGCGCACUUGAGUUGCAUGAAGCAACCAACGUCCUGGUGGCCCUCAUAGUGAACCUGCGCUCCUUCGUCGCCGUGGCGACGCUCGCCUUCAACUUGCGGGCCUUCGUUUCGCUGCAGUUCCAGCCGCGCCUCGCCGUCGUCAUCAGGACUCUCAUCGAGAGCUCGAGCGACAUGUUCCACUUCAUGAUCAUCAUGUUCUGCACCGUCCUCGCCUUCGCGUUUUCUGGCAUGAUUCUCUACGGGAAGCGGCUUCAAGACUUCGCCACGCUCUGGGCUUCCAUCAUGACGUGCUUCAAGAUCAUGAUGGAGAACGAGUUCAAGUGGACCGAGCUGUCUGCAGACCACGCCACGUACUACUCCGCCCUGAUGUGGACAUGGG